GGAGCCAGGGCUCGAACCUGCCAAGAUGGUGCUCAGCGACGAGGACAAGACCAGGAUCCGGGCCGCCUGGGCCCCCGUGAGCAAGAAUGCCGAAGUCUAUGGGUGUGAGGCCCUUUACAGGAUGUUCCUAUCGUACCCCACUACCAAGACCUACUUCCCCCACUUCGACUUCAGUCUCGGCUCCAGCGACCUCAAGACACACGGCAGGAAGGUGAUCGACGCGCUCACUGAAGCUGUCAACAACCUAGACGAUAUACCGGGCGCCCUUUCCAGGCUCAGCGACCUGCAUGCCCACAAACUGCGCGUGGAUCCCGUCAACUUUAAGCUGCUGAGCCACUGCUUACUGGCAACCAUGGCCGUUCACAACAACGGGCCCCUCAAACCUGAGGUGCUUUUGUCAGUCGACAAGUACCUGUCCGACAUCGGCAAGGUGCUCAUCUCCAGGUACCGCUAGACGGGAAGCAUGCGCCCUGCCUGUGCUCUGAAACAAUGACCCUCCUCCUCUCUGCAUCUGCGAUGAGAACCCUGUCAGCAUCUCUUGCCUGCAUCUCUUCUACUCCACAGGGUUCACUUGUGGAACCCUAGUUUGAGUGUCUCCUGGAGCCUGAAUUGCUAGUUGCCCUGUAGCAGAAUUGGCCAAGCUCAAAGCCAGGCCCAAGCCGUCUGCAGUGGGACUGAGCAGCCGAAGAUCUUUUGGGGGGGCGCCUAAAGAUGUGGAUAAUCCUCAACCGUCCUAAUGUCAACCACCACCGUUAAUUUCUGAGCUGGUUCUACUCCCACUGUUGUGCAAAUUAUUGAUUUCAUUGCUUUCUCCCACUUGUUGAAUCUCCCUUAUUCAAACAAAUAAAGAAAAGCACAGGAAAAGAGGUGAAUGGCA